AUGGACUUGUUAUUUGUAUUAUUGCUGUUGGGUUGCUUCUGUUCUUUUGUGUUGUCUGAUCAGCAAGGAGAUGCACUGAUUGCGUUGAAGCUAUCACUGAAUGCUUCAAGUCAACAGCUUACUGACUGGAAUGAAAAUCAAGUCAACCCAUGUACUUGGUCAAAUAUUAACUGUAAUCAAAACAACAAUGUUCUUGGAGUUUCGUUGGGGAUAAUGGGAUUCACAGGAUACUUGACCCCUAGGAUAGAAGCUCUAAAAUAUCUCCAAUUUAUUUCUUUGCAAGGAAAUGACAUCACUGGUGACAUACCAAAAGAAUUCGGAAACCUGACUAGCUUGGUCAGGUUGGAUUUGGAAAACAACAGAUUAACCGGUGAAAUACCGUCUUCCCUUGGUAAUCUCAAACAGCUCCAAUUCUUGACAUUGAGUCAAAACAAUCUCAGUGGGACUAUUCCUGAAUCAAUUGCCAGUAUUUCAAGCUUGAUCGAAGUUCAGCUAGAUUCAAAUAAUCUUAGUGGCCGAAUUCCUCCGCAGUUAUUUGAAGUUUCUAAUUACAAUUUCAGCGGAAAUAAUUUGAAUUGUGGCAUGAGUUAUGGCCAACCUUGUGCUAACAAUAAUUCAGAUCAAGGUUCAUCACAUAAACCAACCGGCCUCAUAAUCGGAUUUAGCAUAGCAUUUGUAGCUAUCCUUGUUAUUGGUGGCCUCCUAUUUUUUUGGUGCAAGGGUAGACACAAGGGCUACAAACGUGAAGUUUUUGUAGAUGUUGCAGGUGAAGUUGAUCGGCGAAUUGCAUUUGGUCAAUUAAGAAGAUUUGCAUGGAGAGAACUACAAAUAGCUACCGACAACUUCAGUGAGAAAAAUGUUUUAGGACAGGGAGGCUUUGGAAAGGUUUAUAAAGGCGUCCUUUCUGAUAACACCAAAGUUGCUGUUAAAAGGCUAACUGAUUAUGAAAGCCCUGGGGGAGAUGUAGCUUUCCAGCGUGAAGUUGAGAUGAUAAGUGUAGCAGUUCAUCGGAACUUGUUACGGCUGAUUGGGUAUUGUACUACUCCAACUGAGCGCCUUUUAGUUUAUCCCUUCAUGCAGAACUUAAGUCUUGCAUAUCGUCUACGAGAACUCAAACCGGGGGAACUUGUUUUGGGUUGGCCUACAAGAAAACAAGUGGCUCUGGGAACUGCACGGGGCCUAGAAUAUCUUCACGAGCAUUGCAAUCCUAAGAUUAUUCACCGGGAUGUGAAGGCAGCCAAUGUAUUACUAGACGAAGAUUUUGAAGCAGUUGUCGGCGACUUUGGUUUGGCAAAGUUAGUAGAUGUUCGAAAGACUAACGUGACAACUCAAGUUCGUGGAACAAUGGGCCACAUAGCUCCUGAAUAUUUGUCGACGGGAAAGUCCUCAGAAAGGACUGAUGUUUUUGGCUAUGGGAUUAUGCUUCUGGAGCUUGUUACAGGCCAACGUGCAAUUGACUUCUCACGGUUGGAAGAGGAAGAUGAUGUGUUGUUACUUGACCAUGUUAAGAAAUUAGAGCGGGAGAAAAGACUAGAAGUUAUUGUUGAUCGCAACCUAAACAAAAAUUACAACAUACAAGAGGUAGAAAUGAUGAUAAAAGUUGCAUUACUGUGCACUCAAGCAACGCCAGAAGACCGUCCACUAAUGUCGGAGGUUGUAAGAAUGCUAGAAGGAGAAGGGUUGGCUGAAAGGUGGGAAGAAUGGCAACACGUGGAGGUGAACCGGAGACAAGAAUACGAGAGAUUACAAAGAAGAUUUGAUUGGGGAGAAGAUUCAGUUUAUAAUCAAGAUGCCAUUGAGUUGUCUGGUGGGAGAUGA